AUGCCACCACACCUGCAUCCCAGGUCACGAAUGACCUCCUCCCUCUUCGCCACCACCGUCGUCGCCAGCUUCUUCGUCGUCGGCCUACCUCACAUCCUGCCGUGCCCGGCACCACGCGUCGCCUACGCCGAUGGCGAGGUCGUUGUCGGCGAGGACGGCAAGAGGAGGCGGCGCCGUCGCCGCGACAAUUCGCCCGAGAUCAAGGACGGCAUCGUCCACUUUGACCAGACCCCCGACGCCGCCGCCGCCGUGAGCUGCUCCAAGGACGACAGGGCGAGUCGAGAGUGUCCCGUGCCCAGGCCAGGGGGCAUGCUGGGCGAGUGGCUAGGCUUUCACGCAGAGAAGAAGGUCGACGAGAGGACAAAUUGA